AUGUAUUCGAUUGUAAAAUUUGAAAUAAAUAUAUGGAAAAAAUUUAUGCAAAAUAAAUAUUAUCAUAUUGUACAUAAUCAUAUAUUCUAUCUAUUUAAUUAUAAUGAUGAAUUAAUACGACAAAAACCAAUGGGUAAAAUAUCCAAAUCAUAUAAACUGAAUCUAUUGUUGGGUAUAAUAAAUCUAUUGGUUUUAUUUACAUCGAUAAUAAUGAUCAUAAAACCAAAAUGGAUUAAUAAUUUCAAUACAUUCAAUGUUCUAUUACAAAUGUUUCCGGCUGAAGGAUUAUCAUAUCUAAUCGCUGCAAUGAUUAUCUGUACAAUAAAUUCAUUAUUGAAUGCAUUUUAUGCAACAUCAACUGAUUAUAAUCAAUUUGAAUUCAUUCUACCAAUACAAUAUUCAAAAUAUCGUAAUCUAAAUGAAUUGGAUUCAAAUCGAUUUGAAUGGAUA